AUGAUUCCUUUUAGAAGGGCAAAAGAUUUAAUUUUAAAGAUAACCCUUAUGAAUAUUACAAUAGAACAUGAAAUUUUUCAGUAUUUGGAUAUGCUAAAAAACUUUCUUAUAAGCAAUAAUAUUAUAAGCUCCUCCAUUUCGUGUUUUAGAUGUGGCGAUUUGUCUAGGUUGUUACCAAUUUCUAUAAGCAGCGGAAGUAUAGGUUAA